AUGACGCUGGAUUUGUCGCGGGAAGAUCAAUCAACCAUCGAUGCGCUCAAAGAAGAGUUAGAGAAGGCGUGGGCGAUGGUGGAUGAAUCGCACGAGAGCGAGUUGGCGAGUAAGCGCGAGGCGAGCGAAUUGAAGAUGGAAAUUGAACGGCUGACACGAGAUGAAGACAAGCUAGGGGGUUGCGAAACGACGACCAGUGAUGGGUUGUUUAUGGAGCGCGCGAGUGCGCGAAGGGCGAACUCGCGCGAGAUUGAAUCGUUACUGAGCGCCAAGGAGAGUCUCACCGCCGAACGAGAUGAAUUACUCGAGCAAACCAUCAGGCUCAGGGAGGAUAUCGAUAAGCUAUCGGAGCGAACGAGAAAGGCUGAAUCGACGAAAUUAGAUUUAGACGUAGAAUUACAAAAUGCACGUGAUCUGUCGCACGCGAGUGCGAUGGAGGUGGAGCGGCAAAAGCGCACGAAGGAACGUCUCGAGCGCGAGAUGCGCGAGGUACAGGAACGCUCUGAAGAACGCGACAUUGAGAUCAGAGAGUAUAAAGCGAGGAUAACAAAGGCUGACGAAAUGAUUAUCAAGCUAGAAAAAGAUACUUGUUUGCAAGAGCGACGGACAGAGGCGGCUCAGAAAGAGUUGAACGUGUUAGCGAGCAAAUCUGACAAGCUUCAUCGCGAACUUGACGAAGCUCGCGCGAGUAAUAAGAGUGCUGAGGAUGCAAACACGGCCAAGAUGCACGAAAUUCGAGCGUUGAACGAUGAAAUCAAAACGCUCGAGCGUGAAAAGGAGAGUACUUUAAAAAAGUCCACUCAACUAGAGUCUAAACUCCGCGCGGCGGAGCAAACGAAAUUGAACGCAGACGACGCAAAGAAUGCGCUCAAGCGCGAGAUUCAAUUACUCAAACAACGUCUCGAGCAACAAAAAAGAGACUUAGAUAACGAGCAAAGGCGAAAAGAAGAUCUUAUGCGCGAGCGCGAUGUCCUUCUGAAGACGACUACGCAGGCGCAGAACGCCACAAGUCGGCAACAAGAUUUGCUGCGUAUUCAUGAGGCGCAGCGUCAAACACUCGAAAACGAAAUCAAGAGUUACAAACGCGAACAAGUUAAGCAAGAGAUGCAGAUAAAAAGUCUCGAUCAAGAACGUGCAAAGUUAUUGGCGGACAUCGCGGCGGCGGUGCGUCGUCAGGAAAAGUUGGAGGAUGACGUUCAUGAUCGACAGUCUCAAAUCGUUGAUUUACGGCAAGAAUUACAAGAUGCAGAAAGCAAAAUUAAGCAAGCCGAGCACGCGUACGACGUCGUGUGCGCGGAACGCAAUCAACAAUCAAAGUCUCUCGUCGAGGCCCAGUCACAAAUUGCGGAGAUCAAACGCGAUUUCAAGGCCAAGACUGUGGCGAUGGAAGGUUUGCACGAGGAACUUAGAAUGAAGGACGCCGUCAUCGCGGGCGAGCGUUUCGAGCAUCGCAAGUUGGACAAAGAACACGAUGCUCUACGACGACAGAAUGAUAAGCUAAACUCGACGCUUCGCGAGACGCAAGAGUCUCUGAAGCAUACGAGUGAUGAAUCGAAGACGCUACGCUCAUCUGUGGCGUCGUUGCGAGAAAGUCGCGAGGCGCAUCGCAAGCAGCUCGAUGUCAUCAAGCGUGAUCGUGACGUUCUCAACGCACAACUUGUGCAGCGGAAUCAAGAAUGCGCGCUACUUUACGAGAAAGUCAAGGUUCAGCAGAAAAUUUUGAAUCAAGGCCAAGCCGAGUAUCGUGAGCGCGUUCGCGAGAUUAAAACGUUGAAGCUCAGAUUGGCGUCGCACGCGCAAGAACUCACGUCCCUGCGAGAAGCGGCGGCAAGCAUCGAUGCGUUGAAGCACGAAGUCCAAACGCUUGGUCGCGAACUUCUCCACGAACGCACAAAAGUUAAGGCACUCAGCGAGGAACUCGAGAAUCCGAUGAAUGUCCAUCGUUGGCGACAGCUCAAAGGCAGCGAUCCGACUAUGUACGAGUUGAUUCAGAAAGUUCAAAUGUUGCAGCGCAAACUGAUCACGAAAACGGAAGAAGUGACGACGAAAGACAUUCUGAUUAGCGAGAAAACAAAAGUACUCGCCGAACUUCGCGUGGUGUUGUCCCGUCAACCCGGACCUCGAGCGUUUGAGGAGCUACGAGAGACGCACGCGCACAUCAAGGAAAAGUCGCGUCAAAUCAAAGGCUUGCGAAGCGAGCUAAAGAUGUUCAUCGCGCACAAGGACGCGUACACGCACGAACUAACGAUGUUGCACGACGAGUUGGCGUUGUUGCGGAAGAAAAAGAGCGGUGUAAACGGUGCCGACCGUUCCAUCGUCAUCGCGAGCGCCGCCGGCUGA